GCCGACGACCGGCCGCUCUGAAACUCAAACACGCGUUUGUUUGCGCGUCUAUCUCGCGCUCAAAUUCAACAAUCACAGAAAAAUUCAAAGAUAUCAUUUGUUAAUUAAAUAUAUUAAAAGAAUUAAAUUAGAAGGGAAGAAAAAAUUAGAAUAUAAAGAAAAAGUUUUUAUUGUGCGGGAAAUUAAUUUUAUUUCUUUUGUAAAACUAUGAAAGUUCGAAAGUUAUGGCGGCUUCUGGCCGCCAUCUUCAUGGUCAAUCUUCAAGUCACACGUGCGGCUACAUCAUCAGGAUCUGGGUCUACUAAUGCGGUGGUGGAUGAGCCCGAGUUCACCGACGUGAUCGAGAACAUCACGGUGGCGGCGGGCCGCAACGUCAAGUUCGCCUGCUCGGUGAAGAACCUCGGCAGCUACAAGGUGGCUUGGAUGCACUUCGAGCAAUCCGCGAUCCUCACCGUACACAAUCACGUGAUAACGCGGAAUCCUCGCAUCAGCGUCACGCACGAUAAGCACCGCACGUGGUUCCUGCAUAUCAGUAACGUGCAGGAGGAGGACAAGGGGCGGUACAUGUGUCAGAUAAAUACGGUCGUCGCCAAGACGCAGUUCGGCUUCCUGCACGUUGUCGUUCCUCCAAACAUUGACGAUUCGCUAAGCAGCAGUGACGUCAUUGUUCGUGAGGGCGCCAACGAGACGCUGACCUGUCGCGCCACCGGCUCGCCACAACCCAGCGUGAAGUGGAAACGCGACGAUAACUCCAAGAUCACCAUAAACAAGACACUUACUGUCGUCGAGUGGGAGGGCGACACGCUGGAGCUGACGCGGAUCUCUCGUCUGGACAUGGGCGCUUACCUCUGCAUCGCCAGCAACGGCGUGCCGCCAUCAGUCAGCAAGCGGAUCAAAGUCAGCGUCGAUUUCCCACCGAUGCUCUGGAUCCCACAUCAACUCGUAGGUGCUCCAUUAGCGUAUUCUGUGACACUGGAGUGUUUCACCGAAGCUCACCCAAGCUCGCUAAACUAUUGGACUCGUGACGAUGGCCAGAUGAUUCACGAUUCCCGCAAAUACAGCACUGCAAACGUGGUGGGUUCCCCGGCGUACAAAACCCACAUGACCUUGACCAUCGCAAAUAUUCAACAAGCUGAUUAUGGGACUUACAAGUGCGUGGCGAAAAAUCCACGUGGCGAGACAGAUGGCACCAUUAGACUUUACACUUCCUCGCCGCCGACCACCUCGCCCCGGCCGACCACCACGGAUGCACCGAGUGGCCGGAGCAAGGACUCAUGGGCCGGCAGCGGUGAUCUCAACAACUCCGUCUACGGCAAUCAGACAUCCCUCAAUACCCAUUUAGCGGAGAAAGGUUCAAAGUAUCAAUCCAAUCUGAAUGAGAUCGACAAAUCGGAACAAAAGUCCAGCACGGAUGUGGAUUCCAAAGGAGUCAUCUAUGAGUGGCCCUCCUCGGAAGAGAACUCAUCAAAUUCAAGAUUUAAGCUAACGAGGAUAUGCUCCGCGCCAUUAUACAUCCUGAUGGCAACACUAGCGCUGUGGACAACGCAGCGGUGAAGAGCGUAAAUAGAGUAAGCUAGUCAUAGGCGCAAGCAUAGGCCACACACCACACACAUUGACGCACGUGUUAGCGCAGCGCAUAACCGAUGGCAAAUAUAUAAAAACCCAAUGCGCAAUUUCUGUUAUCGUAUUAUAAAUAAAACUAUAUUAUGUUUACAAAAACCAAAAACAAAAAAUGAUACCUAACUCGUAAGCUAACUGAUAACCUAAAAUGAAUAAGAUUGAUAUAUUGAGAACGUGCUGGUAAACAUAACUUUAAACACUACGGAUACGAUACGACUAUGAUAUAUAUAUACAAAUAUAAAUAUGAAUAUAUAUGAAUAUUAUAAACAAGAAAACAGAAAAACAAGUGUAGACACAUAUAGCUAAGGAAGCAACUGGAGUAUAUUUUUAAAUCAAGACUGAAAAUCAGUUAGGAUAAUGAAAUGAACUAAUUUACUAUACAAAAUUAGCAUAGACUAGCGUUGCAUACUAAUUUUCACUUGUUCGCGACGCGAGACGCGAACUUCGCUGACAGCGCGAGGGGCUGUGUGGGGGGGGGAGCAGGAUAAAGGAAUUAAAAACAACACACACUCACAGCAGUCACCACCGGGGCGGGGGAAGAUGUCAAAACUAGUAAAACUCUUUUCCAAACCAAAAUAGUCACAAAAAAAAAUUGUUUUUCAAAUCUGUAGGGAAGUAAAAUCAUUAAAUUCACACACAACUACCGCCAUCUAUAGGUGACACAAACAACUCACACAUUGUUAUAAUUCACAUAUGUUUAUCUUCAGUAUUAUUUCAUUUACUGACAAAAACAAAACAGGGUAUUAGCGUGUUUCUCAGUCGGUUUCGGUAACAAAAAAAAUCUUAACUAGGCUUAACACGUAGCUUAACAUAAAACUAAAACUUUUACCGUUUGUAAUGCGCGCACGCUCGUUAGUCUAUUGACGUAGUCAUAACCGCAACGUGAACUCCUACUGCUCGCCGCUAGGUGGCGACACAAGUCAUCCGUUUGAUUGUGUUUACUAAAAAAUGAGAAAUCAAAAGGAAAAAAUGUUGAAAAUGUUUAAAUUUUAAUCGUUGGCAUUAAGUUAGUAAUAUUAUAAUCAUAAAAUAUUAACGAUAUCAAUUUUGUGAACAUUAACUAUUCAGUUUCCAAUUGGUUCGUGUUAAAAAUUGAUAUUGACUAUGAAUGUAUAUUAAAUGUAGAUACAAACAUAUACAGGACAUUGUAAAUAUUACCAACACACACCCAAACACACACACUUAAUUAAUUAUAAACUAAAUUAUUAUAAAGUAAAAUAACGUAAAUGCAAACAAUAUUGAUACGUAAAUAAUGAUUAAAUUUUUAAAGCAUGAUUAUUUGUAACAUGUAACACUCUGUAUAUGAUUGCAAGUAUUCAACAGAUGGCGCUGAUUGUAUUUGUAACUACCGCGCUUUUGAUUCAGUAAGUAUUGAAUGCGCAUGCGCGUAUUUUGAAACGAUUACCAACUCAGCAAUCAUUACCGCAUAGGUUAUUAUGAUAAACUUGAAUGUGCUCACUGUGUGCGUUUGUAAAAAGAGAUGAAACUGUGAGGGAGCGAUAAAUACGAUAAAUAAAAUAAUGACAUCAUU